AUGUGCAAGGAAUUUGCUGAGAUGAUGGGGAAUGAACUUGAAAUGAGCAUGAUGGGUGAAUUGAACUUCUUCCUGGGGUUCCAAAUCAAGAAAACACCUAUUGGAACUAUGAUACAUCAACAAAAAUAUAUCAAGGAACUGCUGAAGAAAUUCAACAUGGAAUCCUUUAAGUCCAUAGACACUCCCAUUGCCAUUACAACAAAGAUAGACCUUGAUAAAGAAGGGAAAAUUGUUGAACAGAAGCUAUAUGGAGGAAUGAUUGGGUCAUUGUUGUAUCUCACAGAAAGCAUGCCUGAUAUUGUAUUCAGUGUGGGACUCCAAACCCCUUCUAAAGCAAAAUCAUCAUCCAAGACUGAAGUCAAAUCCAAGAAGAUGAAGCCUAAAUCAAAGAAAAUUGUCAAAUCUUCAAGUGAACCUGCACCCACACCUGCUCCUUCUCCAUCGAUAUCUUCUACUGUACCUAUACCAUCAUCCCUUAAUCUUGUUGUUCUCACAAUCCCCAUAUCCAUUGAGCCUUCACUUCCAAAACCAACCAUCCGUGCAUAUGUGCCUACUUCGAAAAACACCUCUAAGUCAACCAAGAUCAAGGCUACUCAAAGAAAAUCUGUCAAGAGUGACAAGGUAGUGCCUGAUGAUGCUGCUGCUUAA